GUACUUGAUAUUUCCAAUCAUGUUUCUCUGCUGAUGGAGAGGAACGUCGAGAGGUCCAGCCAUCGAGGAGGCACCGCCACGAAAACCAUGAUAGGAACUCGUUGACCGGUUGCACCGCCCUUGGUCGCCUUUCAUUUCCACGAGGCCGCCAGGCGUCUGUCCCACGCCAACUCGGUCCACGUUCUAAACUCCAUCUGUAUCAUCACCUUGUCGUGGCAGAUCUUUAAUUUAUCUCCUUCCCAUCUCUCUUGUUCGGAUCCUAUGCCGAUUGUUGCACCACCGCAAUUAAGACUCCCCUCCCCUUGACCACGACAUGCACGCAGAUGUCGACGCCUGAACCUACCGAGGGUUCCCACAGCGCUGCUCUCUUGCACCUGACCAAACGGAUCCGACACCUGGGAAGAUUACCCUCAAGUUGGGUGAAAGCUCUUGAUGGUCCGUCGGAGCCCGAACCUGCUAUCCCCUGCGAGAUAUGCUCACGCCUGGAUCUCAGGGUCCAAUCCUUCUGUGUCCAAGAGGGUGACGACGAGUAUGCCAUAGCUAAGAGAACACGAUACUUAGGGCGUUUGUCUCAAAUCCAACAUAGGACACACUGCCCAUUUUGUCGACUGGUCCUAGAAGUCGCCGAUCGACCCUCAGACCAGCGAACUCCCAGCCUCGUUGCUGACGAUGAUCCGGUUGUCUAUGCCAGAUGGGUCGUUGAUGGGCAAGAAGAUCUCGGGCCCGAUCCUGAUCGGCCUGCUGAGCAUCGAUACAGGCCAAGGACGAGAAGGAUCCUGAUCUACAGCGAGCCACAGGCGUUUAAAGAUGGUUACAUUGUUCUUUUGGCCGACGACGCCCCCCAGAGGCCGUGGUUUGGCCGACAAAUAUCUUCUCCAGAUCUGCUCGAUGUUCAACAACUUCGACAGUGGUUACACGAUUGCGAGUCCACUCACGGAUCCGAGUGUGAGGACUCGCUCGUUCACCCUGAUCUUCUUGGAGUGCCCAAGGACGUCUUCCGCGCCAUUGAUGUCCACACUAUGAAUAUUGUUGAAGCACCAAGAAACUCGAGAUACGUUGCAUUGAGUUAUCUGUGGGGCAAGAACUUCAAUCAACUUUUUACUACGAGCGAGAACCUACCCACAUUGUCUAAGCCUGGGGCACUGGACAAGGAAAAACUACCCAAAACGAUCAAAGAUACGAUACAGCUGACGAGAAUGCUUGGAGAGAGAUAUCUGUGGACUGACAGUUUGGCGCUGUUGCACGACGAAGGCUUCCAGUACCAUGAUGAUUGGGUUUAUGCUAAAGCGGCUCUGACCGUCGUGGCGGGCUCUGGAAAGGAUGCAAAUGCUGGGCUUCCUGGGGUCAGAAAAGAGUCUCGAAAGUUUCAUCAAGAGAUUGAGCGUAUCGAGCCAGGUAACUUCAGGCUGAUGAUGUCUCACCUCGCAGAAGACUACAUCUCGACCUCGCAGUGGGACUCGAGGGCGUGGACCUUUCAGGAACGUAUGCUUUCUCGACGCUGCCUCCUCUUCGUCAAUGGCCGAAUAUACUACCAAUGUCGUAAAACCACUUUUUGUGAGGACAUGGAGAUGCCGAUGCAGAAUGGCUGGUCGCUGGACUCGAUUGACAUGCCCACAAGGAUAUUCCGGGAGAAGCCAUUCGUCCAAUUCACCUCUGCAAUUGAACUCUACACCCGCAGAGAACUGACCAACCGAGCAGACAUCCUCAACGCCUUCGAGGGAGUGGGUCUAGUGCUGGAGAAGCGCAUUGGAGCGAGCAUCUACUACGGCGCCUUGGAAACCAUGCUGGAUUCGUCGUUGAUCUGGGAGUCGAGCAAAAGGCUUUUUCGACGCGACGGGUUUCCAAGCUGGUCAUGGUCGGGCUGGAUCGGCGAGAUCCAGUGGAAAUUUACCGAACCGGCAAGAUCUUGGAUCCAGUGGCAUGCUGAUCAGCAAAUCGGCAUCCAUUCCUUUCCCCAACAAUGGCUGGAACGCAUCAUGCCUCCGAUGCCGCCUCCAGCGAGUACACAAGCCCAGACAUCUCACAACAUGAGCCAGAUCAUGCCGUUGCUCCACUUUCGGACCAUUUCUGCUCAUUUUGUUUUGAGUUCUGCAUCUUUGAUACACAAGUCCAUCAUCUCGCCUCUCAGGAAGCGGCUAACGGGACCCAGUGCAUUGUCGACAGUGCGCCCAGCGCCGGCGGACCCAGGGUUGAUUAGGGCCGGAAUUUCAGACAAGCGGGGGUGGUGGUGUGGCACAAUCCAUCUGGAUCAAGACUGGGAAAAGCGAAUAGGAACGCCUCUUGAGUUCCUGAUCAUGUCACGACUUAGCCGUUUUUCUGAUGACGAGCUUUUGAUAUGGGAGGGAGAAUUGCCCGACGAGGUGGAAGAGAUACUCGAGCAGCGAGAUUAUGGAGUCUUCAAUGUCAUGUUGGUUUCUCAGAGAAACGGGAUUUAUUAUCGGGAGGGGUUAGGCCGAAUAUUAACCAGGGCGUUAGAUAACACCAUUGACCCGGCUCCAGCAUGGAAGGACAUUAUACUAGGCUAGACUGUGGCGGGACGGAUCUACCGCACAUAGCAGACGACGAGGGAACUUGCCAUAGGCAAGAUCAGACAACAGAGGAUUCUAAGCUGCGAAAUCUUCCCAGAUAUAAUAAUAAUGAGCACCAAAGC